AUGGCCGGUGCUGCCAGGGCGAGCUACGACAAGGAGAUUCUCGAAGAGCUGGGCUGUACGGUGUACAACCCGAACACCGACAACAAGGAGCGCUACGGGGACAAGGCCGAUGACAGGUGGCUGCGCACGUUCUGCGAAAACUUAACCAGGAUCCAGCGCGAGAAGAGGGGUUUCGUGCUCCAGAUCCAGCAGGGCGUGGCCCGGGAGAAGUCCGACAUGCAGAUCGCGGAGGAGGAAAUGGGGACAAACUGGCGAAUCCCAUGCAUAGGCCUUUUUGCCUUUCCGACCACCAUACCUCGAGGAGGCAGCAACCUGGCAGAGCUGUAUCUGGCCCUAGCGGUGGAGAGGGCCAAAAAGCAGUGGGAGGAGGAGGGCAUCAAAGACGAGGUGGAGAUGGUCUCAACGUGGUUCGAGCCCUUGGAGGGCGACGGGGAGCUGCGCGUCGACGACAGCGGCAGGCUGCAGGGCCGCGCUCGGUGCACCUGGCCGGACGGCGCCGUCUACGAGGGGGAGUGGAAGGAUGGCCUGCAUCACGGAAAGGGAACGUACACGGCUGCGGACGGCCAUGUCUUCGUCGGGGAGUACCAGAACGGCCAGCAGCACGGGAAGGGAACGUUCACGUAUGCGAGCGGCGAGGUCUUCGUCGGGGAGCACCAGGAUGGCAAACGGCACGGGAAGGCAACGUUCACGUUCGCGGACGGCACCGUGCAGGUCGGCUUCUACGACCAGGGCGAGGACAAGGGCCGCGCAGUGCGGCUCAGCGCCAAACGCACCCAGGCCUGGCUCUUCAUGGACGGCAAUUUCGAGCGCGAGGUCUCCGUGGCCGAGGCGGGGGCCCUCGAGAGCAGAGAAAGAGAGCGCCGUGUGCGUGAUCCGCUGCAGGCUCGGAAGGUGGCGACGGAGUGCGGGCUUCCACCCCUGCCCUGA